CGACGCGUUGCCAGAUAGAACAGCAGCUGUUGACAUUGACAGACGGUCGACACUCGGAAUGAUUCUCCAGGAAGUGAAAUAGAUUGCCCCCGCAUUUCAGACUGCUGACUGCGUUUCCGAAUACAGAAACCGUCGAAUAACGCAGGUUUAUAUCGCCUUAUCUUUCGCUGGUAUUAUCCAUGGAACAUGAUAGGCGAUCCCGGCUGUGUCAGGAUGUCAUCUGUUAUUGCUGUCGUUUCUGUCGGACUAGAGAGAUAUCUGGGCUGGCAGUGGACAUCAUGGCGUCACGUCGCUCUGGAGAUUGACCGUGGCGCAUUCCCGCCAUCACACCAUUGAGCAAGGAAGGGAUCGGUACGAGGUCCUUGAUAAGGUCUUUUUUAUGCUGAGAAGGGUGUACGUUGUGUCUAAUAUGCAUUUCUUCUGUUUGGAUCUACUGCCAUUAUUCUACUGCUCUUACUAUGUCCAAACCUGAAAUCAUGGACGGCAAGAAGGAAGUCUCGGAGAAGAAUGCAACUCCCGAAAUAAAUCCUCCAUACGGUACACAGGGCCAGGGGACCGUCACUGCUACGACAGUCGAGAAGAACGGGAUCAAGUUACAUCCCCAACCGACAUCUGAUCCAUUGGACCCGUUGAAUUGGUCACGGCUGCAGAAACACACCAUUCUGGGCAUUGUGAUGUUCAAAUAUUUCCUCUUCACCUACAUUACCACCACCACCGUGCCCUCGUUUCCCGAGAUCCAAACCCAGUUCAACAUCAACUACUCCCAGGUCAAUUUGACUGUUGCCAUCCCUGCCCUGGGCCUGGCAGUGGGUCCGCUUUUCUGGUCAUCACUGAGUGAUAUCUACGGCCGUCGCAUCGUUUUCAUUGUUGGCACGAUUAUUGCCCUAGUGUCAACUUGCGGCGCAGCAGCUGCAGAUAACGAUCGGGGAUACAUGGCUGCGAGGUUCUUUCAGGGAUUCGGUGUUAGUCCGGCUUCGACGGUUGGAAUGGCAGCGAUCAACGACCUCUUCUUUGACUAUGAACGUGGACAAAAACUCGGGUUAUGGGUUUUAGCUAUCGACUCGGGCCUGCUGCUUGGCCCAACUUUUGGUGGAUUCCUCAACGUCGUCAGUGCAGCGUGGAUUAACUGGUUCAACGCCAUAUUAUUUGCCCUGCUACUCGUCCUGGAACUCCUGUUCAUGCCUGAAACGCUCUACCCUCGCAACCUGAUGCUCGGCCACUUCCCCCGAGUAAACAAUGGACCGGGGGUUCUCAACGACAUUGAAACCGCUCAUACUCAGCCGUCUGAGAAACAAGAGGAGACAUCCGUGCGAAGAACGAAAAAGCUCUUCUUCUUCAACUUCAGGCCCGUCCCUGGGAUUCUUCACCCGAAACUGUACGAUUCCGUCGUCCGUUUCGUUCUCACCUUUUGCUUCCCAGUAGUAACCAUAGGUGUCCUUGGUUAUUGCUUCCUCUGGUACUGGUGGGUGCUGUCUGUAGUCACCAUGGUGCCUGCAGCAUACGCGAACUAUGGUCCACUGGUUCAGGGAUUGCUGUUCCUUGGUCUCUUCAUCGGAACGAUGGUCUCGGAGGCGUUCUUUUCGGGGAAGCUUAGUGACUACAUUGUUGAGCGGCUGGCGAAGAGUAAUGGGAAUGUGCGUGUUGCCGAGAUGAGAUUAUGGCUAGCUUAUCCUGCUAUUGCAUUGACAGGCGUCGGCUUGAUCGUCUGGGGUGUCAGUAUCGACAUGCACUAUCACUGGAUGGUAGGGCAAGUUGCCUUUGCAUUGUUUGCUGCUGGUGUCCAAAUGGGAAACACCGUCAUCAGCGCAUACAUCGUCGAUGCAUACCCGCUUCAGUCCAUGAGCGUCAUUACCUUCUAUGCAGUGUUCCUCAACCUGAGCGCCUUUAUUAAUCCGUUCUUCAUCACUCCCUGGCAAGCCUCUGUGGGCUGGACAUGGACCUUUACAACGCAAGGCAUCAUUGUGCUCAUUUUAUGUACCCUUACUUUUGCCUCGUUGCAGGUGUUCGGUGGGUGGCUAAGGGCAAAGUCACCGGAGCCCUCUUGGGUAAACCCGGAGUUUGAUACAAGGAUUUAGAUUGGCUUGUCGAUGACUUUUCCUUAGUAUAUGUAUUCUUAUGUAUAGUGUUUGUUGUCUUCUAUGUAAAAUAACAUUAUCCGGGGAUUAGAAUAUUUCACUGUAGAUGGCUAUGGAAUGAUUCAUGGUCUAAAGUGUCUGAAU